CUAUCCCCUGUUCAUCAUCUCUCCCAUCAGAUAUAUAUAGAGCCAAAAAAAAGGAAACUGGGCUUCCUUCAAUUUGGAGCAUUUCUAGGGUUUCUGUGAUAGUCGAAGUUGGGUCUCAGCUUACAGCAACUUGCCGUUCUCAGAUUCGGUGCAAUAAUGUCGCAAAACGGGAAAUUGAUGCCGAAUCUGGACCAGAACAGCACGAAGCUGCUAAACUUGACGGUUCUUCAGAGAAUUGAUCCUUUCAUUGAAGAAAUCCUCAUCACUGCUGCUCAUGUUACCUUGUACGAAUUCAGUAUUGAUAACAGUCAAUGGAGUCGGAAGGAUAUCGAAGGAUCUCUAUUUGUUGUCAAGAGGAGUUCUCAACCUCGGUUUCAGUUUAUUGUUAUGAACCGCCGAAAUACAGAUAAUUUGGUGGAGGAUCUGUUGGGAGAUUUUGAAUAUGAGAUCCAGCUUCCAUAUUUGUUGUAUCGAAAUGCUUCCCAAGAAGUUAAUGGGAUAUGGUUUUAUAAUCAGCGUGAAUGUGAAGAAGUUGCAAAUCUCUUUGACAGGAUACUCGGUGCAUAUUCCAAGGUGCCUACCAAGUCAAAAGUUCCAUUGACAAAGAGUGAAUUUGAAGAGCUGGAAGCAGUUCCAACCAUGGCUGUAAUUGAUGGUCCUCUGGAGCCUUCAUCGUCUACUGCAUCAAAUGCUCCACAUCUCCCUGAGGACAAUUCCUUUGUGAACUUCUUCAGUAAUGCAUUGACAAUUGGAAAUGCUUCUAAUACUGCAGUUCAAGGGCAGCUAUACCACACAUCUCCAGCUACCCUACCUCCUCCUCGUCCUCCUGCUUCUGUUCCUUCGUCUUCAGCACCAGUCCUGCUUCCAUCUCCUCCUCUUUCAGCUUCUUCCCUUUUGAGGCCCCUCCAUGAUGCACCUGAACCAGAUGUCAGUGCUAAAUGGUCUUCAAAUCUGGUGAAGCCGUCAUCUUUUUUUGGUCCUCCACCUGCCUCCUCUCCGCUGAUGCCUCCCAUUUCUUCAUCAGUGCCUACUGCUCCUCCACUUCUUCCACUUGGAAAUCUCCAGCGCCCUUAUGGAGCUCCUUUACUUCAACCAUUUCCUCCGCCCACUCCUCCUCCUUCUCUCACUCCUACUUCUUCUUCUAUCCCAAACAAUAUUCCUGUUGUUAACAGAGAUAAAGUGCGGGAAGCACUUGUAAUGCUUGUUCAGGACGACCAAUUCAUAGACAUGGUAUACCGGGCACUGUUGAAUGCACAUCAUUCAUAAUUCAAGGAGGAACUCUUCUAAAUCAUCUGAUGGAAUUUCAUUACAUCCUUUCACCCAGGGCUAAAAAAGAGGAUCAAAUGGUCAGUGUAUAGGGAGUUCUUUGUGUUUAUGGCGUCUGUGUGAGACCCGCCUUGUAUAGAUAUAUUUUGUUUCAGUGCAUUAGGUUUUGGAGUUGAACCUCUUUGAUAUAUAGUGUCUUUUAUCUAUGAUCUGGACAUUCCAAUUUUGUUCUUUACAGCGUUAAAUCAAGAAUCAUGUGAACAGUCUUUUCAACAGUUGUACUUGUAUGGUUAUUAAUCCAUAGUUCGGUUUAGUACUAAAGAA